GAGCCAUCUACUUAUUAAAUACAAAUCUUUCAGCAUGAUUUGUAUAUUGUAUAAAGCAUUUUCAUUAUAAAUUCUGCAAUUUGAUUAUCUAGGUAAACGUUGGCUGUGUUCCAAAAAAGGUUUGUAUAUUUACAGUAAAUUGCGCGUUGUAAUACAGGGUGUAUCAGAAAAAAGUGCACAGUUGGAAAAAAUUCACCAUAAAAGCCAGAUGCGCGCGACAUUUGCGAAAGCGUUCAGUAAGCUUAUGAGUUGCGUACUUUAACGUUCUCUGGUACAUCUAGCACUAAAAUCAUUUCAGUAAAAUGCUAGCGUUUUUAGAGUAAGAAAGCUGUUACCAAAAACCCCCCAAAAAAGGCCUUAUGCAAAAACAUUUUCCAUCGGAAACAAAAUUUAAUCAUACAGAGUCAAAAUAUGGACUGUCUUGCCCAAGCUAUCAAAGUUUCAAGAAAUUUGGUGCACGUGUAGGCCAACGCGAGAUCUUCAAAACCUGGAUUUUCUCCCAUUUUGUUAGUUCAAACGCGAUUUCUUUGCAUGAUUUCAAAUUAAUUUUACCAUUUUUAUGCAUGCUCGGACGUUUGCAUAAAUUACAGUACGAAAUUCGCAAGCCGAUACACAAUUCCCAUUAUAGACUAAUUUUUUUAUCUUGGCAAAAAAGCCUUAUAUUUCCGGAAAGAGCAUACUAAAAUAAGUAAAAUUGCAAAAAUUUAGUUUGGUUGCGAAAAUUAUUUAAUGUUGUAAAAUGCGGAAAAUAUACUUUUCGCGUGAUGGGCUUAUUUUACUUUCUUAAUCCGUGAACGUGAAGGAAUUUUUUCAAUUUUUCGUGACUCGUGAAAAGGCAAAAUAUUUUUACGUGAAAGCAUAUUGUGAAGAGGUAUAGGGGGCCCUCAAUAUAGCCUUGCAAAGUUCGCAAAUUUUGUAUACUUUUGUAUUGCGUGCGGAAAUUGCUACCACAUACAUAGCCUGAAUACAGACCUUCGUUUUGCUCGCCCUAAAAUUCGCGGGUGGGAGCCGCGAAUUUUAGGGCGGGCGAAACGUAGGUCUGUUUUCAGGCUACCACAUACAAUUUUGGCCUACGCGUGCACCAAAUUUCUUGAAACUUUGAUAGCUUGUGCAAGACAGUCCAUAUUUUGACCCUGUGUGAUUAAAUUUUGUUUCUGAUGGAAAAAAUUUUGCGCAAGUACCGGGUGUCCCAAAAAAAAGUACUCCUGUUUGAUUCGUAAUAACUUCUAAACAAGUACAGAUUUUAAAGAGAAAUAACUUGCAUUAAAUAGAGGAAGGACUAACUUAGAUUUUGAUAUAUUACAGUUGUAUUUUACUUAAAAAUUCACAGAGAUAUUAAUGUUCAAAAUCGGAAGCAUAUUUUGGGAUGUGUCUAAAAUUAGCGAAAAUCGGCAUAUCAAAUAUUAACUCCAGCGUUUGUUUGCUUAAUGACAUAUCAGGCUAACUUGUAUUUCAGCGAAUUAUCGUUAGGGUUUGUAAGGGAUAUGGCGUAGAUUUAGACAUCUUACAUGUAAGUCUUAGCUCAUAGUUUCUUGAAAUAUGAACGUUCGAAAUUAUGCAAGUAUUUAAUAUUAGGUCUUUACAAAUUUAAAAGUACAUGAAAGAUUGACCAUGCAUGGAAGGCAGGCGCUUAAAUUUUUCUUAAAUAGUCUAUUUUUUUAUGUUUUUAAUGGGUUCAAGCUGACUGAGUUGAUUAUUUCUCGGUUAGAGCAGGAUGAAUAUUAUUCUUUAUUGAAGGGAAUAAUAUUGCUUUUUGCAAAUACACAUUACCGUAUCAACGCUACUAUUUUGUUACGUUUUGUUCCAAAAAUGUUGCAUGUUUCUGGGGAGUUGCUUAAUUUUUAUGUCUUAUGGAGUUAUAUGGUUUGAUUGUGUUUCAUAUAAUUCUCAGUUUACUCUGAACUUGCCAAGAUUAAGAAAUUAGGCAAAAGAGUUUGGGUGUUCUUAACAAGAUUUCAAAACGUUGCAGAAGUUAGAAGAGCUUCACAAUUCCAUUGUGACAGCAUGCCCUAAUUCAGAACUACGAACGAUCCAUGACGAUCCUUCGCGAUGCAGUGGUCUCAUGAAAUAAGGAAACGUAUUCGUUUCUAGGAACACACGCGAAUUUCGGACGAAUAAAUCUUGCUUGUAUUUUGUAGAUAUAAUAAUACUUUGUUUCAUAAUAAACAAUUUGUAAAGUGUCAUUUAUUUACUGGUAAUAGUGCAUGUUUCAGUCGAGCAAAUCAUGAUUAAUAUUUGAUACGCCGUUUUUUGCAUAUUUCAGACACAUCCAGAAAUAUGCUCCCGAUUUUAAAGAUUAAUAUCUCCGUGAAUUUUUAAGUGAAAUACAACUGUAAUAUAUCAAAAUCUAAGUUAGUCCUUCCUCUAUUUAAUGCAAGUUCUCUUUAAAAGCUGUACUUGUUUAGAAGUUAUUACGAAUCAAACAGGAGUACUUUUUUUGGGGACACCCGGUAUACAUAGGCAGAUAGGCUUACUGAAAGUUUUCGCAUAUGUCGCGCAUAUCUGACUUUAGUGAACUUUUUCCAACUGUGUAGUUUUUUUUCUGAUACACCCUGUAUAAUAUUAUUAUCUUUUAUUAAAAUGCAUGAAAAAGUAUAUGUAGAAUGCACAUGCAUAAUUAAUACAUAGCAACAUAAUAUAUGAUUGGUAUAGUAUUGCCUUUAAGCUUGUAAUUCAUUGUAGGUUAUGUGGAAUGCUGCAUCGAUGGCUGAAACAAUCAAAUAUGGCUAUCUCAAAGAUUAUGGUUUAAAUGUUCUUUCACAUGAUGUCAAAGUUGCAUGGGGGUACAGCUUAUCCUUUCUUUAAAAUUUUGAUAUGGGACAUAUAGUCUUGCAUAUUUGGGCGUGAGCUGAAACAGCUAACAAUUAAUGAAAGUAACUUUCUUUCUGUGUAGUGAGCUAAAGAGAAAACGAGAUGCAUAUAUAAAGAGACUCAAUGGAAUCUAUGCAAAAAACUUGGAAAAGGUAGAGAUCCUCAAAACCUGAUUUGGGUACACCUCUCUACACACUACAGAUGUGAUGACACAAAUGCUUUUUAUUCAAAUUCUUGCUUAACCUCUUUAACGAAUACAAUGCAAGAAGAAAUGAAUAAAAUUAUGAAUUGGCUUAAUGCUAAUAAAUUAUCAAUUAACGCUUCUAAAACGAAAUUAAUUCUUUUCAAAUCAAAAAAUAAAAAAUUGGAAUCUCGUAAUAUUACAAUAAAAAUAAGAAAUGAAUUGAUCCAAAAGGUCUCUUAUACAAAAUUUUUGGGUGUACUAAUUGAUGAAAAUUUAACGUGGAAAAAUCAUAUUGAUUCUAUAUGUAAAACUAUUGUCAAGUUUACUGGACUAAUUUCAACUGUUGCAACUGUACUAAUGAUUUACCCGACAUUUUUAAUGGAUACUUCAUAAAAAAUUCAAACAUUCAUGAACAUUGCACGCGAAAUUCAAACAAAUUGCAUAAAGUUUAUACAAGAACAAACUAUAGAAAACAAUCUGUUGUUAGUAAAGGUAUUGGCAUUUGGAAUAAUUUAAGUACUGAGUUAAAAAAUGUUGGAUCUUAUAUGGUUUUCAAAAAAAAUGUGAAAACAUACUUUAUAUCACACCAAUCAGCUAAUUAAUCAUCCUAUUUUAAUGUAUAAAGUUUAAAAAAUCUGAAAAAUCUUGUAAAUAGACUAACUUUCCUUUAAACACUCUCACAAUUGUAUAUAUUUUCGUUAUUAUAUUAUGUACUAUUUUUAUGACAUCAUGAAAUUAUACUAAGUAAAAAAAGUUUGGUUAUAACUAGGGGUCUUAAAAUAAAAGCCCAAAAGGGUUUCUAAAAGAUCUCUAUAGCCCUACGUAUAGAUUAUAAAAAUGUAAAUAGUUACAUUUUAUUGUACUUUGGAAAAUUGGGCGAAAUAAUUAAUAAUAAUUGUUAUUAUUAUAUUAAUGUAAUAGUUAAGAGUGCAUUAAAGUGAGCGGGGGAAGACACACCCACCUGUCCCCCUCCAGGAUUUACACCCUUGGCACACCUAAUAUCAUCAAUGCAAGUUAGUACAUUACCAUGUCAAUACACCCCCUUGCAAAGUACAUCACUUUGGUUAUGGAUCGAGCAGUGAUUAAGGUCAAGUUUUGCAGUGAUUAAUCUUAGUCAAGUUGACUUGAGCUGUUACCUAUAAUGUUACUAGUUAUGUUUCUAUCAACAUUUAUGUACUAUUAAAUUUAUUUUUAGCCUCUAAAAAUUACUAUUUAGGUUUGCAGACGGUGUAUUCCAGUAUCUUCCAAAAGGGAAAACAGCAUGACAUGCUUGUUAUUUCUUUUUGAGGGAUGUAGGUUUCGGUGGGAAAUAUUUUCUGCAAUAGGCUGUGUAUUUUGAGCAUUUGAGUGUAUGAUAUACUAAGGACAUACGAGUCUGUCAUGAAAACAGCAAGCAUUGAAAAAACUUAAACUCAGUUACAUACUAGGAAAAAUAAUUUCUAAGUAAAGAUAAAAUCUUUACACAGAAUGACUAACAGUAGACGUACGAAAUGUUAUGAAAUUGAACUGAAUAGAAAAAUGAAAAAUACUGUGAUUUAAUAAUUUAAUGGUGAAAAAUUCUCUGAGCCCAAGAUCUUUCAAAGAAGUUAAUUUGCAGAAGACGGGCGGAGGUUUUGUUGUACUAAAGAACGAAGUGAUUCCAUUGUUCUGAAAUUUUCCCGCCGACGUUUUUGACGUCACCAAUACCAACCGUGCCCGGUUUGGACACACUCAGAGCAUCCGAUCGCGAUCCCAAAUAUAUCUUUACCCAUAAUUCACUCAAUUGCGUACCCACAAGCAUUUUAAAGGGUUUUUUGCCGGAGAAGAUAUGUUGUAAUUCUUGUUUAAAUUAUCCAAAUUGUCAAAAGUGCAUGCCACAUGGGUACUGUUUAAAGUGCUGCUUCGGUUAAAGGACGCUGGUCCUUAUUGAAAGCAGAACCUACUUGUGGUCCCAAGAACAGCUUGCAAGACUUUUGGACACUGGACUUUCUUCAAAGCUGCGGGACCUAUUGUUUGGAACAGUUUACCUAUAAAUAUAAGAGAAAUAGAGAAUGUUCUAAUGUGAGAAGAAACAUUUGAAGACUUAUUUGUUUAAGAAAGCCUUUGACAUACCUGUGUAGUUGUUAAUAGUUUUAUGAUACAUUUUUUACUUUCCUGUAAUAGAUACGAUAUUGUCAUUUUAUAAUGUUAUUAUUGUAAAUUGCGCUGCCUUUAGAAUAUUUAUAGUUUUAGCGCAUUAUAAAUAUUUUAAAAUUAAAUUUGUAAAAUCCUGAGGAAGAAAUAGGCAUUAUAAUAUUAUAAUUAUUUGUUGCAGGCUGAAGUUGAGGUAAUUCGAGGUGAUGCAUCGUUUACUGCGGAAGGGAACGUGAUUGUUGACAAGAAGCAUGUGUAUAAAGCCAAGCAUAUCCUUAUUGCUACAGGAGGACGUCCUACUGUCCCCGCUUUUCCAGGUACCGUAUAAUAUUAGGCUGAUGAGCUGAUCUGUAUAUGGCAUUGUAUAAAUAUGUCAAAUAUCAGGAUAGUCAAUACAGCCUUUCGGAAAGUGCUCAGUCUAGCUUGGCCAGAGUUUUUGUGACAGAAAACUGUGUUUAUAGGUAACACAUUAGCGAAAUCAUGCAGUUAUUAUAAUUUAUAAAAGACCGGCAAUUUUAUUAUGCGGCAUGUCAUCAGUAACAAGAUAAAGGGCAGGAUCGAGUCAUCCCAAGAAAAAUUUAGAACUGUCCAUGCAUUUCAACAAGGAGAACAGGUUAUGAGGCAGUUGUGAUGAUUUUAGGGUUUGUAAUCCAAGUGAGGCAUGACGUGUUACAUGUCUGAAUAUAGCUGUGGGGCUCCGGAAGCACACUCUCCCGGAACCUUUUGAAUUUUACUGGUCCAAAAUGGUCAUUUCCUGCAUUUUCAAAUUUGGUUUUGUUUUGGCCUUAAAUCUCUGUAUGAAUGCUUAAUUUAUAUCUAGUAUGUAAUUCUCGAAUAAACUGCUCCAAAAUUCACAUAAAGCUUUGACUUUAAAGUCGGUGUCUCAAUCACAGAACGAAGAUCUAUAGCCACGACUAAGUACAUUCCGAAAGGAUGUUUAGGAGCAACGAAGGAGAACUGUGCUUUCAGGGACAUUUUAAAAGGAGCGAUACCGCUCAAGACCAUAUACCUAUUACCUACACAUAACUUCCUUAAAAUAUAUGUGUUAUGGAAUGAAACUCAUUACGUCUAGGUUGCGAACAUUGUAUCACCAGUGACGGAUUUUUUGAACUCGAAGAACUUCCAAGGUAAUUUCAAAUUUUUACGACUUUAACAUAAACUUUUGGCAGAGUAUCUUCAACGAAGAUAACUGCCAAAAUGUUAGGUCAUGGGCAUGAAUUUAGUUUGUUCAUCCACAUGUAUUCCAAUCUUUUUGGUUGACUGCAGAUUUCAAAUGCUCAAUCACUCCGUAAGAAACUUGUAUUGCACGCCUGAUGGGAGGUUAUCGCUCCUCCCCAUACAGUACCCAUGCACCCUGAUUGCCUUAGUUCUCGAAAAAAAAAUGCUAGAAAGUGCUCCAUACCAUGUAGAUAUAGAGCAAAUAGUAUAGGUUUGCUUACAACACUACAGCCUAUUUCAUCCAGUGAAACAGUGGCGGACACUACCCCCCUCCCCCAAUAAAGUUUGCCAGGAAUGACAAUUAAUGAUUGACAACCUGGGGUCAAGCAAUCUUUAAUUUAUAAAUGCUAAAGCCGUUAAACUGGGUUAUACCAAUAAACGGACAUUUUUAGUAUGCUUGAAAAAACACUAUCCAUGCAGUGGAUAGUGUGCGUGGAUAGUGUAUCCAGCCUUUGUACAACCAUUUAACCAAUCUUAUUAGACUUACUAAUUUAUACGUUAUAUCCUAAAUAUAAAAACAUGUUACUUGACAGAAAAAUAAUAGUGGCUGGUGCUGGUUAUAUUGCUGUGGAACUUGCUGGUGUGCUGCAGGAACUGGGCUCUGAUGUCACUCUUUUAAUACGAAGAGAUAAAGUAAUUGAAAUAUUAUUUGUUAUUUCUGUUUUGUUUUUCGUAAAUUCCUGUAACUCCACGCAGGCUAGAAAUUACAGAGAUACAAAUUACAGGCCUAGGGCGAGUGUCUAAAUAAAUAAUAAUAUUAAUAAUAAGUAGUUCAAUCAGUUCAUCUCUUCUCUACUAUCCUUCUCUCAUGACGCUUCUCCCUCUUCUCCAUGUUGUUAUUGCGUUUGCAUAUCAUCCUCUGCCACGCCGGCCGUUCUGCUACAAUGUUUCUCCACGAAUGGAGUACACCCCACCCUUCAACUUGUCUUUCAAGGUGUAUUUAAAUCUCAGGAAAGAACGACCGACUCUUCUAGAGCCAUCUGCCAAUUCUCCAUACAGGAGAGCCUACGUCGGCCGCUCGUCUGGCAUGCGAGCAACAUGACCCAUCCAACACAGUCUGUUCCUGAUGAGGAUGAUCUCAAUGUCUGUGGCGGUAGCGCUCGAUCCAGAACUUCAUCAUUCAAGAAGUCCAAGGAACAGCGCUCCCUUUGGUUUAAGAUCGCUCUGCGUUAGAUCGACUCCGGAAAGUGUGCUGAGUAUGUACGGCCCUCAGACUACUUUAACUAAUAGUGUCAACGGAAAAUUCCGAAUUGGGAAUUUUUUCCCGUCUUCCUUUCUAUACUCCCAAUGACGGGAGAACGGGCCAUUAACUGGUCUUUUUGAGUUUUAAACUUUGGAUGUCCAGCUUCGGAAGCGGCAUUGAGUAAUAUAUUAACCUUACUGUGUAGUUUACCACAGCCACUCAUUCUUAAAAUAUGUCUUCACCUUUCGAGCAAAUUAAAAGAAAGUUAGGAGGAAGAUAUAAAUGGAGACGCAUUCUCCAUAAUGGAGUAGCUGUAUAUAUAAUGCGUUAGCGCAAUUAGAGAAGUCCAGAUAUGAUUUCAUGCACUACUGCUACUACUACCUUGCAUUGGCUUAGUACGCAUCUGAUUGGUUAAUGAGCCUUUAAUGAUAGCGGUAGUGGAAGUCAAAUCUGAAUCUCUCUAUUGUCAGAGCAAGCACCUUUCACCUCUUAGUUCGUGGGUUCGAUUUCCGAUGCGGACUCAUGACACUUAAUAUGUGAAAAGAGUCAGUCAGCAAUCUACCGAAAGUCGUGAGUUAUUCUCCGGGUACUCCGGUCUCCUCCCCCCCCCCCAGCGAAUGUUGACAGGGUGGGUUUGGAUAACCCCUAAACUAGCUGUGCUCCGUGAUUGGCUACCAGUCAUAAGGCGGCAGGCAGAGGCACCCUUAGAGAACCUCAGUACUUCGCAAUUCUUCUUCGCAACUCUCAACUGGAAGACAGUAAGGAUUGUUAGCCCGUCCCCCCCCCCCUUCUUACUUACUAAAUAAAACAUGCUGCUGCUCCUAUUUUAGUAUUAGUAUUUACUGUCUUAUAUUAAUGUAGCUUAAAAAGGCAUAAAUAUCGCGGCUACAACUAUAGUUCUAAUUUUAGAUCUCUUUUCUUUUUGCCUUGCAGGUUCUUCGCAGCUUUGAUUCAGCCAUCAGCAGUAGAGCUACUGAAAAUCUCCGUCAAGCUGGAGUAAACAUUAUGACAACAAGCAGAGUAAGUGGAUGUCGAGCUUCAAACUAUAUUCAAAAUUUGUGAGAACAUGCAGUGUUGAUAUGCUAGCGCUAUCCUCAUCCUUCGUAACCAUUUUUUAAUUGAACAAACAACAUUUUUGAUUAAAAGAAGACGCUAGUUUUAUUAAGUUUUACUGUAAGUCACGUACCGAUGGUAUGAAAAUUGACAAUUUGGCAUGCUUAGCAGCACUGUAAUGUUUAUGCAUAAGGGAUAUGUGGCGUUGCUAUCAGGCAGAUCCCUCAAUCGAAGUCAUAUUUGGAGCUGUGUCAUAUUAUUGUCAUAUUUGACAUGCGACUUCGGUGGCGGAAUAGUCAUAGCAAUGCCUUUUGUCUCUGAGAUCAUGGGUCCGAUUCUCACUGCAGACUCAUGACACUUAUGUUAAAGAAUCAGUCAACGCUCUACCUAACGUCGCGGGUCCGUGUACUCCGGUUUCUCCCACAGAGAAUGUUGACAGGGGAAUUAACCCCUAACUGACCCUUUCGUGCACUGUGAUCAGACAUGAGUUAUGAGGUCGCUGCCCGAGGCACCCUAGAAAACUUUCGACUCGAUCAGGUUGAGCUCCGCCCUUGGCAUUCCUGUGCAGCUCUCAACUGCAAGCAAUUAGGUUGAUUAGCACACCAAUGGCACACCCCCCGCGUACUUAAAUGACAUACUGUAUACAAUUCUUCUUGUUAUAUUAUAGGGUAUAUCAGUGAAUGACACCAUCCUUACAUAUAUGCUACGGCUUUGUGCUUCAGAUUAUCACUGAUAUUUUAUAUCUGUAUUUAUUUAGAUUUCCUCAGUAAGUAAAGAUAGUUCAACAGGAUUGUUGUCAGUUGCUGUGGAACAAAUAGGUGGAGACAAAGUUGAAAAUAUUGCUGAUGUUGACAAAGUGUUAUUGGCAAUAGGAAGAUCCCCAAAUACUGAAGAAUUGAAUUUACCUGCCGUGGUAAGUACACGAGGAGCUUGCUAUAAAGUAUCUUUGGCACUUUUUCUAUUACAAUGCGAGAAUGAGGUUGCAACCUGGCGGGCAAAUAUGGAUACAGAACCAUGCAUAUUUAAAAAGCAGUCACAGAGAAGUGUGAGCAUGGUGCCCAUUCUACUCGUAAGGGAUGAAAAAUAAAAAUCAGAGAUGGAUUUAAAGAGGGUGCAAGGGGGUGCCGAUUUAAUUACGACGUUGACAAAUCCAUUUUUUCAAUUUGGAAAGGAAAUAUUCUGCCCCCAUUACCACAAUAAUUCCCCUCAACCCUUCCAGGGGCAAUGUCUCACCUAUUCUACAGAACACUGCUGUGGGUGGCUCGAAGUGAUUAUAAACUUUGUCAACGAUCGCACCCUGAACCAUGAUCAUGGGUCCAUGACACUAAAAUUAUAAUACAUGUUUGGAGGGUUUAAUUCAUUCACUAUUUCCAUUCUAGCAUCUUUGUUUUGCUCAUUCCGGAUUUUUGCCGCUCUAUAACUAAAACUCGUAGUAGCAUUAGUUUUAAGUUUAGAAAGCAUCAACGUUAUACCAUUAUCGCAUAAGUCAUAACAUCUGUUUUCUUGGAAUUUAAGCAGUUUAUUUAAAUUUCUUGGGCAACGCUUUUCAAGAGCUUUUUUUUCACAUAGGCUCUAGUUUGAAAAAUUCUGCGCUCAGGAUUGCCAACCCAAUCUAUAAAGAAUGUCUUUGGAACGUAUGUCGUAUGACUCACCAGCUAUAACUACUCUUGAUGUCCGAUUCUGAAAUAUUUAUACCUUUAUCUUUAAACGUUUCCUAUAGGGUGUUAAUACGGACAAUCGUGGCUUUAUUCAAGCGGACGAGGUAGGUUGUUUUUAACAUUCAAGCUUUCCGGCAGAUUAGUUGCAGGGUGACCGGAAC